AUUAUCCUGGUCAAUCGAACUGAUCAAUCCCAGUCAGCAAGCCAUCCGUCACCGACCAAUGUACACACCGCUGCCUACGUGAGUCUCUCUAGCCCCGAGGCCGCCACGACUCUCCUCACCUGUCUCCGCUCUUCACAGUCACCGUUGUCGCUGACGCCAACAAGUGGCUCUAGGGAAGAUCAGCAGCAACAACAACACGCGACAAGACGUUCGAUGCCGGUUGACUUUGUCAGCAGUCGCCAGUCCUCAUUCAUUGAAAAUCUUCAGCUGGCAGCUUCCAGGUCUUCCGACUACGGAUCCACCUCCUGUCGACUACGCGUCAUCACCAACGGUCGGGCCUCGACUAGCUCCGUAAAGCAGCAGCACCAACAUCCGGGGUUUUCAAGUCUGCCGUUAAAGACUACAUCCGAUACAACGGCGAAACCAACGGUGACGGAGGUCGGAAAAUCUGCUGCACUAACGUCGACAACGAUGACGAAUUGCAGUUUCCCUUCGCGAGUCUUCAAUGCUCCCUCGCAUGGACACUCUUCUACUCGUGGCACCAUCUGUCAUCCGAAUUCAAAGCCGGCCGGACCUCCAGAUACUGACGGUGACUCACUACCACGUGAGCCUGUUGUAGCGUUGCCUCGCUCUGCUGGAUUCGAGAGGGACGCUCAUUUCCUAGAAGGAUUUUCUGAUCUGCAUAGGAAACGGCUUCGAAUCCUAUCCACACCGGACUACGAUUCCGUUGAUGCUGGUCGCACAACUGAUAGGACUAAACAGAACGCCACUGCUCUUCCAUCCGCAAGUAGUCGUAGUAGUAUAGCUGUCAAGUCUGAUUCUCAUCAUAACGUCAAAGCUCCUCCACCAUCCUCCCAAUAUACUUUCUCCAUGGACUCGGUUGAUUCUUCGGAUCGGACCGAAUUUUGCUCUGCCAAUUCUCCUGGUUGUGUUUCGAAGAGGGUUCGUGGUUCUUCUUUCGUCAGUACAUCGAGCGCGACGGAGUCUUCCUUCGGUAUACUGCGAAAUCAUGGACGUCUUUCCAAGCGUUCACUUGAUCCCGAUCAUAGCCGGCGGUACCAGACCCUAAGGGACUCUGAUGAGGGGGCUACCCUACCUGAACAUACAUCAGGAACAGAUUUUGUAUGCGAAUCUAUGUACGACAAAAUUAAGCGUCGGACGAAUAAGGAAGCCAAGGAAAGUUUACCAGAACCACUCACAACCUCAGGGGAUUUUCGCCCACGAAAGCGACAUCACGAAAGCAGGCGAGAACAACAGCAAUGCUUAAUUGACAACCCUGAUUCUCGUAGUUACUCGAAGCCCUACAAGUUGCUAGGAUACAACAGUGGCUGUGAGCAGUCCCGAUUCUCUUCUAAUCGUCGUCGUGUACCGAGUUCAUUUGUGGAUGCUGCUGACCACAUGCCCAUCCAUUCACGACCGAAUGUACUCUCUUCUUGCGAGUCCUCCAGCAAACCUUAUCAACGGAGGCAUGCCUCUAAACGUUCCACCUCGCCUGACAGCGUCUGUCAGAAACCGAGACCUGGCCGUGAUGCUGCUGUCUCCCAUCCUAGCAGUACGAUAACACGACUAAGCCUGGGUAUGAGUGUUCCAAUGACUGCUAACUUUCAUGCUAUUGCCUCAUCCCGCAGCAACCGUAAACAUAAGUCCUCGACCUCCCACGAGUCCGGUGGUGACAGUGAUUUAAAGAGUAGUCUGUGCAGUACUUACCAGUCAGAUAGUCAGAACGAAUGUGAUAGUGAUGCGUUUCCCUCCACAGUUGGCCCCCGGUUGAACAAAACCAAACAGUUCUCUCCACCGUUAUUUCGUGGUGACAGGAUGGAACCAAAACAACGACCUUGGCACCGUUUCGGAACUUCCAGUCGGCAUCCUGCCUCUGAAAAUGGAACAUUCACUGUUGUCGCCGAUUCGUCUUCCUCUCGUCUGCGUGGGAAGUCCUCGAUCUCGCCACCAUCCAAACGUCAGAAACGUUGCAAGCAGUCUGAAAAACGUACCAGGCUGAUGUCCUACGAUGACUCACCGGUAACCCGGUCUACUGGUUCACUGCUGCAUUCGCAAACUAACUGGAGCUCCAGCGGACUCUCGUCAGAUGAUGAC